AUGGAUAAAAUUCAAUUACAAAAUGCUUUUCAAGAUAUUCUGCAUAUUUUCUUGAAUGAUGAGGAAUUUGACGUUGUUUUUAAAAAGAUAAAUGCAAAAAAUGACGGAUUGGUAAAUUGGGACGAAUUUAUAUCCUAUUUACUCUUAGAAAUGAAAUGUAAAGAUGUUGCCCGCCAUUGGCAACCAAUGGACCCGCCAAUAACCGGGAUUCCAAUUUUAAAAAAAAGUCAUCAUCGAAAUCCUAUUUUUAAAAUAAUUUUUUACCCCGAUAUUCUUUCAAAUAGAAAUUGGAACUUUCUACGAGGAUGUUAUUUAACAGCAAGCAAAGAUGGGAGCAUAAAUUAUUUGUCAAUCGACUUGAAAUAUCAACGAACUGUAAAAUCUUCAAAUCCUCUUAUGAAAUUUCAAACAACAAUGAUUACCGAUAUAAUUGCAAUGCCAGAUAUUAGAAUUGUUUGUACAAGUUCAGUUGAAAGAGAUUUGAGAUUUUACGAUACAGUUGGAAAUCGAUUUGAUCUCCGUGUAAUGAUAACUCAUUUUCAAUCAGCAAUAGUGAGCAUGAAUUACUAUUUUAGUAAAGAUAUAAAAGAACAAUCAUUUAUAAUUUUGGGUGAUAUGAACGGAGGAGUAAAACUUUUUUCCUUUUCUCCAAUUGAUAAAGGACCUUUUAAGCAUUUUACGAAACAAGACGUUCUUCAAAUUCAAUAUAAUGCCGUUCUUGCAGAAGAACUAGAAAAUUUAAAAGUUAGAGAAUUCAAUAACUUACACGGUGAUUGGGUUUCCCAAGUAGCUUAUUACGGAAGUCUCAAGUCAUUUAUUUCCUGCAGUAAAUGUUCAGAGAACUCACUGAUAAUUACGAAUCCAAGUAAUGCAAAUUUGUGUUAUAAAUUCCAUGUUGCCAAAGGAAUCAAUUGCUUCAAUUUUUGUGAAGAUAGUCAGAUUUUAGUGACAGGAGGUGUGGAUUUUUUAAUUAAAGUCUGGAAUCCCUUUAUUCCUAAAAAGACAAAAAUUACUUUUUACGGUCAUCAAGCGCCAAUUUCGGCUAUUUUUAUUCAAAACAAUGGCAAACGGAUUUUUUCAUUGUCACAAGACAGAUGCAUUAAAGUUUUCGAUAUAUUUUCACAAUCCUGUAUGCAGACGUAUAGAAAUCUACCAAAGGAAUUGGGAAAUAAUUUUCCAAUGUCUGCAGUAUUCAAUAAUUCAACGCAAAAAAUGAUUAUUGCCAAUCAAAUGAUAGCAAUUGUUGAUUGUGGAAAAGUAAUAGACGAAGAUAUUUCCGACGGAUAUUCUCACACAAAAUCCGUUUCCUGCGUGCUGUAUAAUUAUUUAUUUCAAGUGAUUGUGUCAACAAGUUUAGAUUCUUCGAUAACAGUUUGGAGUCCAUGGCUUGGGCAAAGAUUGAGUUUUAUAUCGCAAGCACACGGUAAAAGGAAAAAUGAAGAAAAUUAUACAGGAAUUGAAAUUACAGCAGCUUGUUUUGAUAAUACAGAGCAAUUAUUAGUGACUGGAGCUAGAGAUGGUUCAAUAAAAUUGUGGCAAUUUAAUACUGGAACUUGUCUUCGUGAAAUGAUGUCCGAACCCAACAGUGAAAUAACUGGACUCGCGUGGUACGACAAUAAAAUUUUUAGCGUCGGUUGGGAUCGAGUAAUCACCGAAUUCACCGAAACUGAACUUGGAAUUUUUAAAAAAUCAUGGGAAACUCGUCACACUGAUGAUAUAACUUGCCUUUCAAUAAGAAAUUCCCAAGCUUUGGUGACUGCUUCCUACAAUGGUGAAAUUAUUCUCUGGCGAUUGGAAACUGGUCAGCCGUACAGAAUUUUCCUCGCGAAUAAUCCAACUGGAAGUAUACUUUUGAUUUACCUUUUUGAUAUUAGAUCAAAAAAUGUGAAAUCGAUCAAAUAUCCUCAAAAAUCCGCAAUUCAAUCGGAAGAAACGGCAAUGAGACCAGUGGGAGUUACUGUCGCUUUGUUCUUAAAUUCGAGAACAAUGGCACCAAAUAUUGGAACUCUGAUGAUUGCGCUCGAAUCGGGAUUGAUUCAGGUUUGGACUCAUCAUCCCGGUGCUGGUUUUUUGGAAGCCUUCUCAGCAAUUCAUAAAUAUGGAGACUUUGUCACAUCAAUGGCCACGGAUCCUCAAAAUGAAUUCCUACUAACAGGACAUAAAGAGGGAUAUAUCAAAGUUUGGUUGAUAAAAAAUUACAUGUUACCGAAUCCUGCAAAAAUUAAUAUGUGUGAAUUGAGACUUGAAUUUACAUUUCUUUGGAAGGAUAGAAUAAAUGGAAGGGCCAAAAGGGCCGUUAAGGAUCAACCACAUCCUGUUUUAUUGACAUCAUUAAGGGGGCACAAACAAUCGAUUAAUGCUAUUCAAAUUAUACCAGAAGCUCGAAUAAUUAUAAGUGGAUCUUCUGAUCAUACAAUUAAACUUUGGACCUUGGGCGGUCGUUAUAUUUCAACAUUGGGGACUUUUAAGCCCUGGACUCCAAUUUUACCCAAUAUUCCUGUUCAAAAUUAUUUAUGUGAUUAUCAACUGCCACCAGAAGUGAAAAAAUCGGCCAGUUUUACCACCAUGAAGGUUCUUCAAGGAGGUGUCAAGUUAAAAGUAGUGAAAGAUAAAUUGGAAAAAGUUGAAUUAAUGAAAAAACUCACAGAAGAAAGCUCCACACAUUCAUCUCUCUCAGCGGGUGAUUUAGCGAAUCAAUCGAAUCAUUUGAACGAGGAUUUAAUUUUUGACAACUCAGCAGGAUAUGUAAGUUUUUCGUUUUCUGAAAAAAAGAAAAAAAAUGUAUUAGUUCAAUUUUCACUUUCUCUAAAAUUUAUAAAUUUUUUACGAAGUUUACUUACUCUUCUC